UGUUUGUUUUUUGUUUUUUUGGUUAUCAUGUUUUAGAAUUUGGUUUUAUAUUGAUGAUUGCACAUUCUGCAUUCAAGUACAUAAGUAUGUUUUCUUUUUAAUCCUAGAGCUCUAUAUAUAUGUAAUCAUCUCAAUGCUAGCAUUGAAAUGCAAAGUGGGGAGAAUUGUUGGACAAGCGUACAGAACAAUAGCAAGCUCUACCUUUUACCCCCAUUUUCACCCAAAUUUAGUUUGCUAGGUGGGAACUAAGAUUUGUUUGAAAGAAGUGAUUUUUAUCUGAUUUAUUUAUUGGAAGAGAAAGGUUCUACAAGAUGGCUUUUGGGAUCAGCUUGGAAAAAUUUACAGAGUUACUGCAUUUUUAGAAAUUUCAUUUACUCAUAUGGAGUCAGGUUGUAAUGCAGUAAAGAAUGAGGAGAGCAAAGUGGAUUUGAAUGGGGGAGAUGGGUCUUCUCCAUUCUCCACAAAAAGAGCUGAUAAGCGAAACAAAUCGUUGCACAAUUUGGGGACAAAGUCGAGGGAAGAGAACAAUGAAGACAUGAGCAUCCAUGACAGUGACUUGGAGUCCUUGAUGAACAGCCCCAUUCCAAGUGAUCUGGGUCAUAAUGAUUCAAGGGAAGCUCUUAGCAGGAGUAGCUGCAGUGGCAGUAGCACUGGCAGUAGUACAAGCAGUGGUUUUUGUUCUGGAAGUGUCAGUGAGGAAGAAGAGGAUGGGUGCCUAGACAAUUGGGAGGAUGUUGCAGAUGCCUUGAGCGUAGAUGACAAUCAACAUAAUCCAGCCACAGUCACUCCUUCCAAAUAUGAAACAAGGAUUGAAUCAGCUUGUGCUGACCAACAUUACAAGAACCAAAGAAUAAAUCAGUUGAAUUCAGACAGUGAGGGAACAGUUUGUGGCUCACAAAUGAACUGUCGAGCAUGGAGACCUGAAGAUGCUUUUCGUCCUCGGAUUCUGCCAAGCCUAUUGAAACAGCAUAAUAUUCUUCUAAUUCAGAUUGGCAUGAUGGCCAUGGGGCUAUCACCUGGGCACAGCGAAGUUCUAUUUCCCACCCUUCUUCAUGCCCUAUUUGCUGUGAGAAUUUGGAUGUCACAGACUCUAGCUUUCUCCCUUGUUCAUGUGGAUUUCGGCUUUGCCUCUUCUGUCACAAAAGGAUUCUUGAAGCAGAUGGGCAAUGCCCUGGAUGUAGGAAACAUUAUGAUACCAUUAAUGGGAAUAUAUGUUUCAGUAGAUGAGCUGCACUUUUAAACUAGUCUAUUCUAUUCUUGUAGAAUGAGUCCUAGAGCUUAGGAGGAGAGUUUCUUUUUUUUUUUUUCUUCAUACUAAUAAAAUGCAUAUGGGUCAUUUCUUUCUCCAUCUAUCAAUAAUGUGUGUCACAUAAUAGAAAUAAACUUUUAUUGGCAAAGACUGUAUGAGUGUAGAAACAGUUCUUUCAAGUGACAUAAAACUGAACUAAGUCAUUCUGAGUUGCAUUUUUACUUGCAUAAUGUUUUGCAUCUCUGAAUCUGAGUACUCUGGUUAGUGAUCUAAAUUCUAUGAUAAUUUCAUACAAUCCAUUGCUCUCAAUGGUCACCAUUGCUCUGUUUCUGGUUUGUACGGUAUGUGAUGUUUUUUAUUUCCUUGUGUUUAUUGCAUAUAAUUAAUGCAUUGGAUAUGUAUAUUGGAUU